GCCAUUCUCCCCAGAGCUCCUCUCUCUCUCCCUCUCCCCUCGCCGCGAUCCAUGGCGACCUCCUCUUCGUCCUCCGCGGGGCGAUCCCUCCUCCAAACCCUAAAGAGGUUCUUGAAGAAGCCGUGGGAGAUCACGGGGCCGUGCGCCGACCCCGAGUACCGGAGCGCGCUCCCCCCCGCCACCGAGUACCGCCGCUUCUGCCCCGCGACGGCGCCGGCGAAGGCCAUCAUCCCCACCUCCGACCCCGAGACCGUCUUCGACAUCAAGUACUACACCCGCGACCGCCGCCGCAACCGGCCCCCCGUGCGCCGCACGGUCCUCCGCAAGGCCGACGUGGAGCGCAUCAUGGCCGAGAAGAGCUUCGACGAGUUCCCUAGGGUUUACCUCACCGCCACGGUGGAGGAGGACUACAACGCCAGGGGCGGAGGUUACCAGAAAUGAGGUCAGUUGCAGGACGGUAGCACCUGUAGCUGUUGGAUGCUUUGCUGGUGAUUUUGCAUCAGGAGCUGUGCGUCUUUCGUCUCUGGUUGGCUUUGGUUAUAUCCCAUAAACAUUCCUAUUUGUUUCCUCUCGCACUACAUGGUUGUUGCAUCAGCAAGUGACUGUUGGUAAAAUAAAUCUUGUAUGUCUACGGAAGUUGUAGUGGAACCCUAUUGUAUCUAUCAAGCUCAAGACUAAUUAUUUCUUUUACUUGGGUAAAUUACAUCGGAGGUUACUGAACUUAUCACAACAUCUUUUAUUUAAGUUGUUGAACAUCAGUUGUUGCAAUUGAGUCGCUAAACUAUAAUUUCUAUUUC